UCAUCCGUGGAGUGUUGCAGGGAAAUGUCUCCUUGGUGCUGGUGGAGAACAAAACCGGGAAGGAACAAAGCAGAAUGAUCUGGCAUGUUGCCCCCACGGAAGGCUUGAGCCUGUGGCAGUGGACGGCGCUGCCUCUCCUUGAUGUGGCCGACAGGUUCUGGUUGCAGAUCGUUGCCUGGUGGGAACAAGGAUCCAGAGCCACCGUGGCUUUCAACAAUAUCUCCAUCAGCCUGGACUGCUACCUCACCAUUGGUGGGGAGGACAAGAUGCUGCAGAAUACGGCACCCAAGUCAAGAAAUCUGUUUGAGGGAAACCCAAACAAGGAGACAAAACCCUGGGAAAGCACACCAAAAGAGAACCCCAUCUUUGACCCUACAGUUCACUGGCUGUUCACCACAUGCGGGGCCAGUGGGCCCCACGGCCCGACGCAGGCCCAGUGCAACAAUGCCUACCGGAACUCCAACCUGAGCGUGGUGGUGGGGAGCGAGGGCCCCCUGAAGGGCAUCCAGACCUGGAAGGUGCCAGCCACCGACACCUACAGCAUAUCAGGCUACGGAGCCGCUGGCGGGAAAGGCGGGAAGAACACGAUGAUGCGAUCCCACGGCGUGUCUGUGCUGGGCAUCUUCAACCUGGAGAAGGACGACGUGCUGUACAUCCUGGUCGGGCAGCAGGGGGAAGAUGCCUGCCCCAGUACAAACCAACUAAUCCAGAAAGUCUGCAUUGGAGAGAACAACGUGAUAGAAGAAGAAAUCCGCGUGAACAAAAGUGUGCACGAGUGGGCAGGAGGGGGCGGCGGAGGGGGCGGAGCCACCUACGUAUUUAAGAUGAAGGAUGGAGUGCCAGUGCCCCUGAUCAUUGCGGCCGGCGGUGGCGGCAGGGCCUACGGAGCCAAGACAGACACGUUCCACCCAGAGAGACUGGAGAAUAACUCCUCAGUUCUAGGGCUGAAUGGCAAUUCCGGAGCCGCAGGGUUUGCCACAGGUGGCAAUGCUGCCUCAAACAAUGACCCCGAGAUGGACGGAGAGGAUGGGGUUUCCUUCAUCAAUCCACUGGGCAUCCUGUACACCCCGGCUUUAAAAGUGAUGGAGGGCCACGGGGAAGUGAAUAUUAAGCAUUACCUGAACUGCAGCCACUGUGAGGUAGAUGAGUGCCACAUGGACCCUGAGAGCCACAGGGUCAUCUGCUUCUGUGACCACGGGACAGUGCUGGCCGAGGACGGCGUCUCCUGCAUAGUGUCGCCCACCCCGGAGCCCCACCUGCCACUCUCGCUGAUCCUCUCCGUCGUGACCUCUGCCCUCGUGGCCGCCCUCGUCCUGGCUUUCUCUGGCAUCAUGAUCGUGUACCGCCGGAAGCACCAGGAGCUGCAAGCCAUGCAGAUGGAGCUGCAGAGCCCCGAGUACAAGCUGAGCAAGCUCCGCACCUCCACCAUCAUGACCGACUACAACCCCAACUACUGUUUUGCCGGCAAAACCUCCUCCAUCAGUGACCUGAAGGAGGUGCCCAGGAAAAACAUCACCCUCAUCCGGGGUCUGGGCCACGGCGCGUUUGGGGAGGUGUAUGAAGGUCAGGUGUCUGGAAUGCCCAACGACCCGAGCCCCCUGCAGGUGGCUGUAAAGACGCUGCCUGAGGUGUGUUCCGAACAGGACGAACUGGAUUUCCUCAUGGAAGCCCUGAUCAUCAGCAAGUUCAACCACCAGAACAUCGUGCGCUGUAUCGGGGUGAGUCUGCAAGCCCUGCCCCGAUUUAUCCUGCUGGAGCUCAUGGCGGGAGGAGACCUCAAGUCCUUCCUCCGAGAGACGCGCCCUCGCCCGAAUCAGCCCUCCUCCCUGGCCAUGCUGGACCUCCUGCACGUGGCUCGGGACAUCGCCUGUGGCUGCCAGUAUCUAGAGGAAAAUCACUUCAUCCACCGGGACAUUGCUGCCAGGAACUGCCUCUUGACCUGUCCAGGCCCUGGAAGGGUGGCCAAGAUUGGAGACUUCGGAAUGGCUCGAGACAUCUACCGAGCGAGCUACUACCGAAAGGGAGGCUGUGCGAUGCUGCCGGUCAAAUGGAUGCCCCCGGAGGCCUUCAUGGAAGGAAUAUUUACUUCUAAAACAGAUACGUGGUCCUUCGGAGUGCUUCUGUGGGAAAUCUUCUCUCUUGGAUACAUGCCGUACCCUAGCAAAAGCAACCAGGAGGUUCUGGAGUUUGUCACCAGUGGAGGACGGAUGGACCCACCUAAGAACUGCCCCGGGCCUGUAUACCGGAUAAUGACCCAGUGCUGGCAACAUCAGCCUGAAGACAGGCCCAACUUUGCCAUAAUCUUGGAGAGGAUUGAAUACUGCACCCAGGACCCAGAUGUGAUCAACACUGCUUUGCCCAUAGAAUACGGGCCCCUCGUGGAAGAGGAAGAGAAGGUGCCCAUGAGGCCCAAGGACCCUGAGGGAAUCCCUCCUCUGCUGGUCUCCGCUCCCCAGGCCAAGCGGGAGGAGGGCCGCGAGCCAGCCGCCCGCACGGCUCUGCCUUCCACCUCCUCGGGCAAAGCCGGCAAGAAGCCCGUGGCCGCAGAGGCCUCUGCCCCAGGCGCCAGGGCGCUGGCCGUGAAGGGGGGACACGUUAACAUGGCAUUCUCUCAGUCCAACCCGCCCUCGGAGCUGCACCAAGUCCAGGGGUCCAGAAACAAGCCCACCAGCCUAUGGAACCCAACUUACGGCUCCUGGUUUACAGAGAAACCCACCAAAAAGAGCAAUCCUCCGGCGAAGAAGGAGCAGCGCGAGAGGGGGAACCCGGGCGGCGAGGGCGGCCGUGCCAUCCCGCCUCCCGCGGCCGCCGGCCACCGUCCAGGCACCUCUCUGCUCCUCGAGCCGUCCUCGCUGACCACCAGCCUGAGGGACGUGCCCCUGUUCAGGCUGCGCCACUUCCCGUGCGGCACCGUCCACUACGGCUACCAGCAGCAGGGCUUCCCCCCGGAGGCCGCCGCCCCGGGCCCGGGCCGCUACGAGGACCCCGCGGCCAAGAGCCAGCCUGCGCCCUGAGCCCGAGCCGCAGCCCGAGGGCGGCGUGCGCCAGGUAACGGGCCCUCCGCAAGCCCCAGAGCAAACGUCACUUUUCAUUCUGUGCCAACUUGUUUUGAAGUGGCACAUCACAAGCUGUAUUUUCAAACUGCUUCACGAGGUUUUGAGCACGGGUUCAUCCUGUUCUUUCAAGAGGAGAAAAAUCUCAUAAAGACGAAUGAUAAUCACGAGGCCCGAACGGGGCUGCGCAGGGUUUUGACGCACGGCUGGUGUCCACCUCUCCCUGUUUCUUUCCAAUCCUGUGCGCUCCGCCUCCACGCACGCAGAACUAGCGCUCAUGUGUUUCCUAGUUGGAGUCAUAGAUGUUCCCUUACCUUGUUGAUGUGGGCAUGGACCACUUGAGGACAGAGGGAACAGAAGUAAGGGAGUUCUCUGCAGUGAGUCAGCGCGGGGUAAGACAUUCUUUACUUGGAAAAGAAAAAUCAUAGACAACUCGCUGAAACGUCACUGUGGAUGACGUUUGGAUGUUUUCAGUUGUGGUGAUUCAUCGACGAUCGUAAAAAUGUGGUAAAUAGUUAUGGUAGUAGAGAGAAAAUGUGUAUACACUCAUCUAAAUGAAAUGCAAAUACUCAAAGUGCUUUGAGAUGACAAAACACGGGUACAGAUCGAGAGAUUCCAACAUCCAAUUAAUAUACCUCAUGCCUUAAGAGAACCCUCCUACUAAAAGUGAACAACUGAGUGUGAGGUUUCCUACUGGGUUGAAAACUCAAGAUUUAAAUUAUUAAUUACUUAUUUUAAGACUUUCCACUAAAAUAAACUCCGAUGAUUUAAAAAGAAAAAAUUUAAGCAGCAGUGAUACAUGGAAGCAGAGAAACAUAUCCACUCAUGGGCAUUAGUGUCAAACCUUCCAACAGUUUCAAUCAUGAAGCUUCCCAAGUUGAAGUUUCUACUACUAGUGGUGGAUCAUUGGAGUAGCAGGCCCUCCGACGGUCCUAAGAAGAGGUACGAAUGCAGUAUCUAUCCUUCCUUCUCGGGCUUCACCCGAGUUUUCGCUCCCUUAAUCAUGUGAUCCUAGCAUACACGGAAACACAAAUUUGCUGAAAUACACAGAGCAUAAUCUGUAUACCUGUCAACUACAGGGUAAAAGAGAAUUUUUUCUCUGGGUGGCAAUGAGUAAAGGAACUAAGGAACACUUGGAGUGCUGAGGUUGGCAGUGACAUUAGGAUGGGAGUUCUGAACUUGGUUUUCGCGGAUGAAAUUUAUCUCCAUGCAAAGGAGUUGGGAAUCUGUUAAACCUUACACAUGUACAUAUGCAGUGAUGCUUUAUCUCAUUCUUUCUUUCUGCUCCCCUUCGUUCUCCUGCCCAGUUUCUUUUCUGGUGGUAGCUGUGCCAAAACAUCACUUUGGGAGGAAAGCAUCUUUUAUCGCUUGUUAGGCACUAAGCAUUCCCAAGCGAAAGGACAGUGUUUAUCUACCGUUUCUCCUACCUUCUUAAUUUCACCUACAUCAAAAGUCUCACUCUGGGGCUUCCCUGGUGGCGCAGUGGUUGAGAGUCCGCCUGCCGAUGCAGGGGACGUGGGUUUGUGCCCCGGUCUGGGAGGAUCCCGCGUGCCAUGGAGCGGCUGGGCCCAUGGGCCGUGGCCGCUGAGCCUGCGCGUCCGGAGCCUGUGCUCCACGGCUGGAGAGGCCACAACAGUGAGAGGCCCACGUACUGCAAAAAAAAAAAGAAAACAAAAAGUCUCACUCUGGUUGUGGGAAAGCCAUUCUGUUCUAAGCCAACACUAGACCAGUGAGUGUUGAUUCCUCCCAUGGCAGAGCCUUGCCCUAGUCAGUAGUUCUGCACAUCUCUAGAAGCACUGACACCCUGGACACCACUUUUCCUUUAACUGCCAAAAAUAUUUUCAUCAGACACACAUGAAGAUGAACCAUCCAUGAACUCAUCUCUAAAUACCUGUUAUCAAUAAAGUUUUAGCUCAUGCCUGGUGCGAAGUCAAGUCUAAUUAUAUAAACAUUAGUCUAAUUUGUAAACCACCUGAAGGGGUGCAAGAAUCACACUUUGAAAAACACUCUCCUCAAAGGAUGACAGAGAGCUGUCAAAACUGAGAAGAACAAUUUCAUUUUAUAUUUGUAACACCAGUAGCCAGUGAAACAGGGAGCAUGUUACGUGGUUAAAUAGCCAACUCUUUCAUUAACAAGGAAAAAAAUCUUAGCCCUUUCUCUUCUUAAAAACUACAGAUCCAUUACAUUUUCAGGUUGUGCCUUACUACCACUGAGAUUGAUUUGUUGAUUCUCUCUAAUCAUCUUUAUUGGUAUCAAUUUUCGUGUAAAUGAGAGUCCAAUCUUAAAAGCUUGUAUACGUGGAAAAUAAACAACUCCACACUGAGAUAUAACGUCCUCAAGAUGUUUUAUUUAACUCGCUGUAAGCCCAGGUAUUGGCACGGUAUUAAUCUGGACUGUUGUACACUCAAUAUUGCUCCAGCCAUAUGGCUCCAGCAAUUUGUACAGAUGCUGUGGACUCACAUAUUUAUUAGUUAUGAUGCAAAGUCCCACCCAGAACAUGAACAGGCACAAUUAAAAGUCUGUAGAUGUUAUGGGAAUUAAACCAUAAGCUAGUAUAAUUAUUCUUAUUCCAUGUCUAGAAAGAAGCUCAUCAGAGUUCACAAUCGUUCCAUUGGGAAAUCAGCAAUCUGUGAGGAAUGACCAGUUUAUCCAUACGUGGCACCUCAAAAUGACAGCCAAUCAACACAGCAGGAAUGAACUUCAUGUUUUAGAAAGAGUAAGGUAUACUUAGUAGUUGAAAGACCAGAUUCUCUAGCCCAUUAGGAUGUGAAUCCUGGCUCUCCAUGGCUUAUCAGACCUGUCAAUACCUCAACGUCUCCAUAUAUUGUACAAACUAAGGAUAAUAACUUCCCUUUCUCACUGCCCCUCAGGAAGAUUAUAAAUUGUGUGAAAGCACAAGCACUCCCUCUCAUGCCUCUUGAAUUCCCAAGUGAUUUGGGUUGGGUGUGGGGAGAAUUUCAACAGUCAGCGUGUGUCUCUACACACCUGCCCUCCCCACCACCCCCGUCUGGCCCUCCCGGCUCCCCUUCUGUGCCAUGUUGGCUUUGCCUGUCACUUAUUUAAUGACGGUAGCAAGAACCCUACCAGAACCAAGGGCUUUCAGGGCAAAAGAAGAAUGUGAAGACUCUCUACCACACUUAGUGUUAAAAAAUAAGCAUCAAAGGAAGAUAUUUAACCCAUUGGAUGAAUUCUUUUUAAAAAUUUUCUGGCCUCUCCAUGCAGUGCUUGGUAAGCGCUACAGCUGUAAGAUAUUAUGUAACCACAGAUUAACUUCAGCCCAUAAAAUGUGAGGCUUUUGCAUCCAAAUCCACACGGCACAGCACUAAGAAAUUCUAAGGGAUCAGGCUAUUUUGCUAGAUUUUUCUCCAGUAAUAGUAGGAUUAAAAUUCACAUGAGCUUUGUAGACCUAAAACAUGACGCUUAUGAAUUUAGACUACUCUGAAUAACAGACUUCCUAUGACAAGAUUCAUAAAAUGUAUGAAGUGUGUUGUCAAUCUGUCUUUAGCUAAUGACUUUUUAAAUGGGUCCCCCAAGAACAUACAACUUGACUUUGCUAAUUUCAUUGCAGCAGAUGGUUCCCUAUGCUGUUGUGUGAACAUACAAAACGAAAACCAGCAUUCCCAUAAUCCUCCACAAGAUGCCCUAAAAUAAAAGAUAAUUAUCAACAACAACUGGUAAGGCUUCUAUUCAGAUUCUGUUUUGAUUUGGUAUCCUCAGUAGGUGUGUUUAAGUUCUAAUGCACCACUCAAGUACAAAGCUAUUUUUAGCCCUAGCUUAACAGCUUUAAAACAUUUGAAAAGCUCAGUGCAACAAAAGAAUAUGGCAUGGAGUUGGGGGGCAGGGAGGAACACGGACACUAACCACAGCAUCAGAGCGACGUUUCUCCCCUCUUCGGCUGUUCAGUAAAUGUAAACACGCGUGUAACCCUUCCACGUAAAGACGGCACCACCAGGGUAGGAGAACCGCAGGUCCCGGGUCUGCCUGCAGCGCCGUCCGCUGUCCAUUCCUCAGAUCCUUCUGCUUGACACGUGCUCCAGCAGUUGCCCCACUCCGUUCAUCUGCUAUGGCCUACUGCCUCCUUGAAAGCAAUUGCUCACAAUUAGUUAUCCCGCCAUCACUAAAAGGCUCGUUGGGUAGGUGCUUUUCAGCCGAUGUUAGCUGAAAGGCAGUCUUACUAAAUGAACUCACUAAGCCUUAGCAACCAGUAGAUUAACGCUCCCUAGAGCGUUUACAUCUUGAGAGGUUAUUUGCCAGUAGAGAUGACUAUCAGACUGUUAAAACCUCAGAUGGUUAUGAUAUGUUGCAUGGUUUAGCGCUCAUCAAUUAUUUGAGAAACAGUAGGCAGACCGAGCAGGAGUUAAGGGCGUAGGAGUUAGACAGCAAUUACCUACCUACAUGACCCGAGCAAGUUGAACUCUCACUUUCUCAUUUAAAAACAUGAGCAGUUUGGUCUCAGAGGCCCCCUUCCUUUGAUUCUGAAGUCUAUGAUUCUGUAAGACUUCACCUCUGUGUAAGGUAAAUCCCAACACCUGGCCCACAGUUGGUAGGACAUGACCGGUGUGUGCGUGCGCACGUGCGUGUGUGUGUGUGUGUGUGUGUGAGACCCUUAAUCCAUUCCGAGGCAAAGCCAAUUAGUUCAGUGCACAAUCCCAGUGAGCCUAUAUUUAACCUUUAUACAAAAGCAGACCAGAAAGAAGUUUAGCAUCAGUUCUCUGUUUAUUGUUCUAUUCAAAGAUCUCUGUAACAAAUCACAAAAUCAUUAACAUGGCAAAAUGAAGUUGCUGUCUGGGGUGGUUUCCUGAAAGAAGCAAAGCUGACGCAGGACUGUGAGAAUCACGUCUGUUUAGCGCCCUUCACGCUCACCACGGCACCACUUACUCUAUUACAUUUGCCACAGUGGCAACCUUAUUAGCAAAGUAAAAUCAUGCAACUUAUCACCUGAAGCGUUAUCUUUUACCACACCUAAUACUCGAUGACAGAUCUGACGCACUUGCUGUCAGUGCUCAUUCCCAGAGUAACAAGCCCAGGACAGGCCACACGUUCGCGACCAGGCAGUGUCUGUGGAGUCAGGCAUCUCUGAACAAGCAUCAUGGAACCAUGAUGAUAAGGAAUCCACUAAUGACAGGAGUCUUCUCUCCCAGUCACCGUUGGAUUGGAGAGAAUCCCUCUUUUCGGGUUUGUGGAGACACCCACUGCCACUGGAGGGCAAUUUUUGGAAACCUGUUCCGAAUUAUAUAGCGUUGUAGCGGAUCUAGUAGUAGGGGAUCCCCAAAAGAUAGCCAACUCAAAUGCCUCAGCAAAAGACCAAGAGAAGAUUGUGACAACUGCAGGCAACUGUCUACAUUUUAGCGCAUCCAACGGUUGAGGGGAGAAAAACAAGUUUAAAUAUUUUUGCAUUAUUUCAAAAUUAUAUUUAUGUGGUAGUUCACAGUUCUCAGUAAGAAGUAAAGUAAGAUUAAAGACAAAUUCUUUUUCCUCAUGUAUGUACCAGUUAGCAGCCGGUGAUGUUUUAUAAAAGAAACUAAAGCAGAACAUGACACUGAAUUUUCCUCUGUCACACCCCAAGGAGUGUGAAGUGAGACCUCAAGAAAUCUCAUGCUAUUUCUUACUUCCCUAAGCCCUAGUCCCUUCAAGAAAGAGAAAAGAUCGCUUGAGAAAAAUCACAACAUUUUAAACAUACAUAUAAUCUACUGGAAUUCUUAUUAGAAAUCCAUUUUUACUGGCAGGUUCAAUAAAGGAGACUGAAAACUUUCACUUUAAUCCUCUUCUCUAUUGUGUAUAAUACAAAAUCUACUUUCCCCUGUCACCAAUUGGGACUUUUAUGACUAUUAAAAUUCAUUUUAAAAUCCAUUUUAGGAUUUUUCCCAAAGAUAUUGUGUAGUAACACCUAUCCUUCAUAACAAGAACUGUCAGGGACAGCCAGUGUCAUCAACAACACUGCUGACUGAGAUGUAAGCUGAAUCUCGGAAGUCGUAUUAGAGAAAGAGUAAAAAGAACGGCUUGAAGCUGUGCAUGUAAUUUUAACAUGAUUCAUUUCCAUGUCAGUCUGAUUUGAUUUGUUAUGUGAAAAAUAGUUAGUCCAGUCUUCAAGAAGGUAAGGGUACUUUGAGUAACACCUCUAUCAGGCUGGAGGUGAAAGAACUUAACCUCUGAGAUCAACACGGGGCAAGGAGAACACAGCAUCUGGAUAUUUAAACUUCCUAAACUUUAGGAAUGCUUCAAAUUCAAAUUCAGUUCAGCGCAAGUAGCUUCCUGAUACUCCCUAUUUAAUUUCAUCUAUCCAAUUCAAACAACUCCGACUAAACAUCCAAUCCUAAGACCAGUUCCUCCGAGGACAGAAGCAUACAAGGUGUGCCUGAGUGUAAGGACCUGCGUAUCUACAGGAGCAACAAACUUGACAUCUGGGUUCAUUUAGGGUUUUAGAGCUGAAAUUAAAACCAUAUUUAUGAUCAUUUGUCAAAUGACGGCAGUGAUCACUAGGGACAGGUUAUGUUUUAAGCUAAUAGGCUCAAUUUAAACACCUAGAGUAUCUUUACUAACAUAACUCAGAACUUACUGCCCUGCUGCAGCACCACGACCACACUUCCCUAUUUGAACUGAAAAAUAAUGAGACCUGCUGCUGCUUUAUCGUGAAAAUUCUAUUCGUUAUAAGAUAUUCUAAAGGGACGAGAGGAAAAAGGUUCCCACACCGCUUGGUGCCUUUCUCGUCAAGGGAAAAGGCUACAAGCAGAAAAGAAAUUUCAUUUCUACCACGCAUAAUGAAAAUAUAUUGUUGUCAGUAACAUGUGCCCAUCUACUCUAAUUCCUCCCCAUAAACUCCUUUUUCCCUUCUGUAAAAAGGAGCACUGGCAAAAAUUUUGCUAGAAAAAAUUCUUUUUGCCUACGCAAAGGCAUCAUAUUCUGCUGGUAAGAAAAUCUUAACAUGAUCUACUUAACUUGUUCAGCCCACACACAAGCUCCACUAAGAAUGUCUGUUGUAUAUUCAAGCAGCUUAUGUGACAUUGUUUGUAAAUAAGAGCCUAUGUACCAAGGGAUAUUACUAAACAAUUACUAAAAAUAUAUGUGAUGUGAGUUUUGUAUUACCUACUGUGUUUGUAUUACAAAUAAGUGUAGUGAAGCAAAGGGCAUGAAGAAAAAUAAAAAAUAAA